AUGGAGGUCAAAGAUGGUGAUGAUAUACGUGUCCUUGUUGAUAGUAUUGCUGUUGUUGAAAGUACAAGUUAUCCUCAGCUAUAUGUGAAAACUAGAAAAUAUCGAGUUAAGGGUAGGAGAAGUUGUAUAUGCUCCUACUUCAGAGCUAAUAUAAUUGGUGAUCCUUUUAUACUGCCUAGUCGUCACAGUGUAUGUGCUCCAAGUUCUCAACCGUUUGGUGAUUCAACUCUACAAUGUGAUCGACGAAGUGUGUAUGUUCCGAAUCAGGCAUUAUCUGAAGCUCCAUUCGAACCAAGUCUCAGCGCAAGUAUUUAUGAUGAGGUUGGUCCAUCACAUGAAGUUAUGGAGUCUUUUCGUGUAUUGAGCCAUUCAGAUGUCCCACUACCUGAGAGUGUUGACAUACCAAUAGCAACAAAUGAUUGUCAGUCCAACCCUUCAGAAGAGGAAGAUAGUGAUGGGCUACUUGGUCAAGACGAUUGUGAGAAAGAGACAAUGAUCGAAGUGCCUGAAGCAUUUCAGUUUACUGUAGGAGGCAACUACCCUGUUUCAGCAAAUUUGAUCGGAUCAGUGGGUAACACAGUUGGAAUGGUAGUUGAUACAGAAUUUGAUACAACAUUGGAUCGAGAAUAUGAAGUUGCUAAGUCAAGUUCGCGUGUUUGGUCAGUCGUAUGUAAGAAUACUAAAUAUGAGUGUAGUUGGCAGUUACGUGCAGCAAGGCUAAAGAAACUUGGUGGAGAAUGGGGCAUAACACGAUAUAAAGGUCCACACACAUGUGUUGCGAGGGCUAUAUCGCUUGAUCACAGACAAUUGGACUCAAACUUUAUAUGCAACUGCAUAUUGGAAGGGAUGAAGAAAGAUCCAUCCAAGUCAGUUGGAAGUAUUAUCGUUGAAAUUCACAAUUGGUUGCAUUUCAAACCCUCCUAUAGGAAAGCAUGGGAGGCUAAACAGAAGGCUAUUGCCAGAAUUUGGGGUGAUUGGGAUGAAUCAUACCAACGUCUACCACAUUUCUUUGCAGCUUUGCAACAGACAAAUCCUGGAAGUGUUAUAUGGUGGGCAUUCGAUGAUCACACUCAUGUCAGGCAUCGUGGAUUUGAAUUCAACAAAAAAAUUUUGCGUUGGCUAUUUUGGUCAUUCAAACCAGCUAUUGACAGUAUCGAGUUCACAAAGCCAGUGAUCCAAAUUGAUGGAACUUUCCUUUACGGUAAGUAUAAACAUUCACUCCUAAUUGCAACAACCAUUGAUGGAGAUAACUCUGUGAUUCCACUGGCUUAUGCGCUAGUAGAGUCCAAGAAUGUGGACAAUUGGGGAUGGUUCAUGGCGCUCCUUCGAACGUAUGUAGUAAGGUGUGAUGGUAUAUGUGUCAUUUCCGAUAGAAAUAUUGGAAUUAUGCAGACAAUGAAUAACCAAUAUCUCGGUUGGGAUGAAACUCAUGCAAAACAUCGCUAUUGCCUCCGUCAUGUGGCCAACAAUUUUAACACACACUUCAAAAAUGUUGGACUCAAGAAUUUACUCAUAAAGGCUGGGAGGACGUGUCAAGUAAGAAAAUGUGAACGAGUUUUGGAGCGGGUAAAAGAGAGGAAUGAUGAGGCAUGGAACUGGAUUUCAUCGCUCCCAAUAGAAAAAUGGUCAAUGUCCCAUGAUGGGGGUCACAGAUAUGGGCAUGCGAAUACAAAUGUAGCUGAGUGUGUCAAUUCAAUUUUGAAAGAUGCACGUCGUUUACCUGUUGCUGCCCUUAUCGAGCACACAUUUUAUAACAUGGUCAAGUACUUUGAUAACAGAAGAAAUGUGUACUCUGAUCAGAUGGCCAAUGACAAAGUGUACACUUCGCAGUGCCUCAAAUUACUUGAUAGACGUUUGAAAGUUGCGUACACCCAUCAGGUAACCUCUUUCAAUCGUGAAGAUGGAAUUUUUGAAGUGAAGACUGGAUACUCCCGUGAAAUGCGAAAAGGAGAAAAUUAA